UUUGCCAAAUCUCGCGAGAGCGUCUGAGUAGCAGGGACAACAUCACUUUUGCCUUUUAGGGGAAAAUGUGAAACCAGGACGCAUUGGACUGAUCCUUUGAAUUCCAUGUAUAUGAUGUUUUGUAUAGGCUAUAUGAUAUUAAUGCGAGAAUAUUUGACAUUUAAAAGAUUAUGAAUGGUGAAGAAUCCGGGCUGGAUGUCUCUGUGCACGGGUGAUGGCAGCACGUCCACAGUCAUAUGAUAGCAACUCCAGUGACACUGACAACUGGGAACGAAAAACAACCAACCGACCUCGCAAGCUUUGCAAGCACUCGAGUAUUUAGUGUGCUUUCUGCUCUGGCCAGCGCUCAGUCGCGUGCAUCUCGACUGGAGGCAGACCUGGUGAAGAUGAGCCUGCAUGGCGCUAGCGGGGGCUGUGACCGCUCACGCGACCGCCGGCGCUCCAUCGACCGCUCCCGGGACUCAUCGCACGAGAGGGGAGAGGGCCAGCUCACCCCCUGCAUCAGAAAUGUCACCUCGCCCACCCGCCAGCACAACAGUGAGCGUGAGCGGGACGGUGGCUCCAGGCCCAGCAGCCCCCGUCCUCAGAGGAUUUCCCCCAGCGGCUCCAGUAGCAGCGGGGUGGUCAGCAGCCGUAACAGCAGCCUGUCCAGCACUGAGGGCUGCUUUAAGAGCCUGGGGGUGGGAGAGAUGGUGUUUGUCUAUGAGAAUAGCAAGGAGGGACUGGGCACGGGCCUGUGUACCCGCAGCAUCCGGACCUCAGGCUCCGAGAGGGUCACUCUUAUUGUAGAUAACACACGCUUCGUGGUGGACCCUUCAAUCUUCACAGCACAGCCCAACACCAUGCUGGGCAGAAUGUUUGGAUCUGGAAGGGAACACAAUUUCACACGGCCCAAUGAAAAAGGAGAGUAUGAGGUCGCCGAGGGCAUCAGCUCUACAGUGUUCCGAGCCAUCCUGGAUUACUACAAAUCUGGGAUAAUCCGUUGCCCCGAUGGAAUCUCCAUCCCUGAGCUGAGGGAGGCAUGUGACUAUCUGUGCAUCACCUUCGACUACAGCACCAUCAAGUGCAGAGACCUCAGUGCCCUCAUGCAUGAGCUGUCUAACGACGGUGCACGGCGUCAGUUUGAGUUCUACCUGGAGGAGAUGGUUGUACCACUGAUGGUCGCCAGCGCCCAGAGUGGAGAGAGAGAAUGCCACAUCGUAGUGCUCACUGAUGAUGACGUAGUGGACUGGGACGAAGAGUACCCACCACAGAUGGGAGAAGAGUACUCACAGAUAAUAUACAGUACAAAACUAUACCGGUUCUUCAAGUAUAUAGAAAAUCGAGAUGUUGCCAAAUCAGUUUUAAAGGAGAGAGGACUGAAGAAAAUAAGAUUAGGCAUUGAAGGUUACCCCACGUAUAAAGAGAAGGUGAAAAAGCGUCCUGGUGGCCGUCCUGAGGUCAUCUACAACUACGUCCAGAGGCCCUUCAUCCGCAUGUCCUGGGAGAAGGAGGAGGGCAAGAGCCGCCAUGUUGACUUCCAGUGUGUCAAAAGCAAGUCCAUCACUAACCUGGCUGCAGCUGCUGCAGAUAUCCCCCAGGACCAGCUGGUCAACAUGCACCCUGGCCCUCAGGUGGACGAGCUGGACAUCCUCCCCAACCAGCCCCCCAGUGGACCCCAAUACAGCAACAACUACAACAACGAUCCCGGCGACCCAGACGCCCCCUCGCCCGCAGUCUAAGGACUGCCCCCUCCCUGACACCUCCCUCCCCAGCGUACUGCAGCAUGGAGCGAGAGGCGCAUCAUAACCAUAUUGCCUUGGCACCUCCUCCGCAGCCUUAGAGCCUCAAGGACCUGGUCGACUGUAAAAACUAGACUGGCAAAAGGGCAUAUUUCUCCUCUUUUAUUUUUUUUUACUUGACCAAAGGAGUUUAUUUUUCUGUUAAUUGUUUGAAAUAAAUUUAGCAAACCCACUUUUGUAAUUAUUAUUAAUAAUAUUAUUAUUAUUUACAAUGGUUAUUGUACCUCAUUUGAUGAGUUUGGGCUGUGCACUGUGUGGUGUUACUGUGUUCUCCCCCUUUUAUUUCACGUGCGGUUCUGGGCAUACUUCCUGGAUGGCAAGACUAGUGAAUACUGUAACUGUUUGGGGAAUGGGGCAAAGCCUUUGAUUUCAUCGCCACUCAGUGCAAAAUACUGUUGAAUUCCCCUCAGAUAUCCUUUGAAACAUGUAACGGUUGGGUUGGUUGACGUCAUAGGAUUGGUAAUGGGAUGCUGUGCUCUGUGCUCCCUGGAUAUUCAGCAUGACAUAAAGACAUUAAAAUCA